AUGGCCAAACCAUACGCGAAGCCCAAAGAGAUGGCAGAAUUGACCAGCACCCCGUCCUGGAUGGACAAAGCCCUGAACUCCCAGGAUGAGAUUAAGGAGGAGGAUGAAAGACAAGACAACUAUAGGAUGCUAAGUGGCUUGGCUGAGGAGCAUGACAGCAUGGAAGAGGAAGAGGAGGAGGAGGAAGAGGAGGAAAAUGGGGAGAAGCCCAAGAGGAGAGGUCCAAAGAAGAAGAAGAUGACCAAAGCUAGGCUGGAAAGAUUCAGGGCCCGAAGGGUGAAGGCCAAUGCCAGGGAGCGGACUCGGAUGCAUGGCUUAAAUGAUGCUUUGGAUAACCUGAGGAGAGUCAUGCCAUGUUACUCCAAAACCCAAAAGCUCUCCAAAAUUGAAACACUGAGACUGGCCAGAAAUUACAUUUGGGCAUUGUCUGAGGUGCUUGAGACUGGCCAAACACCUGAAGGGAAGGGUUUUGUGGACAUGCUUUGUAAAGGGCUCUCCCAGCCUACAAGUAACCUGGUGGCUGGCUGCCUCCAACUGGGGCCUCAGUCUCUCUUUCUGGAGAAACGUGAGGAGAAGGCUGCUAUUCAUGACUCCACCAUCCCCAGUCACAGUUUCACGUAUCAGUCUCCUGGGCUCCCCAGCCCACCCUAUGGCCACAUGGAGACACAUCUCCUCCACCUUAAGCCACCCACAUUCAAGAGUUUGGUGGAGUCAUCCUUUGGCAGUCACCCACCUGAUUGUACCACCCCACCCUAUGAAGGUCCCCUUACUCCACCCCUGAGCAUUAGUGGAAACUUCUCUUUAAAGCAAGAUGGCUCUCCAGACCUAGAGAAAUCAUAUAGCUUCAUGCCUCACUACCCUACUGUAAGUCUGAGUGGGGGACAUGGGCACUCAGCUCAUUUUCAGACAGCUACUCCCCGUUAUGAGAUUCCCAUUGAUAUGUCCUAUGACUCCUACCCACAUCAUGGAGUCGGGGCCCAACUCAAUGCCAUCUACAAUGAUUAA